CUACAAAUAUCACUUUCAAUUUGGAUCUCAAAAUUUUGCGUCGCCUGUUCUACCCAAAUGGACUAAAUAUUAAUGAAUAUACUUAGAGGUAUAUUCGUUCAAUGAAUUAUAUAAUUUUAGCAGGGAACAGACAUCGAUUGGUAGCACGAAACGAGGGGAAAAUAAAAUCAUAUGAGUCUUGUAGCGAUAUACGAGCAUGGAGUCAUGACGGCGCCUUGCGGGACCGGUAUCUCAGGGAAUGGAUGAAGUGUGAUAUGCCUAUCUGUGUCAUACCUGUUUACACUUUGACCAGUUUUUUGAAAAACAUGACGUACCGAAGCAGAAGAAGGGCUAUGCCUAAAUGCCAUCCUGACUGCAAGUCGAAAGUGAUACUCGAAAGCAUAUGUUCUUCCUGCCAUAUGAUGAAGGAAUGUUUGAAGAACAACAGACAAUUCGAAAAAUAUUUUGAGGAGGAAGAAUUCGAAACUUGUCACUGGCCUUGCAAAAGAUGCUUAGAAGUUCUAAAAACUAUUAAAAUGUUUUGGAAGGUCAUAGUUGAUAGAAUAUUUAAUAUAAAUAGCAAUAGUGAGAAUUUUUGUGGUAGUUCCAUGAAUCGAACAGACAGUGUUAAAUCUAUUGCUAAAACUUGGGAAAAACAAAUGGUAGAAGAGGCUUUAUUUGUUAAAAAUAUCAGUUCUUUAUCAAAGAAAAGAUCAAGUUUAAAUAGUAACGAUUGUUGUCGUAAUCGAAAGCAUAUAGAUCCAAAAACAGAUUUGUAUUUUCGGAAUCCAAUCCCUUGCAAAAUAGAAAAAGAGAUCAUAUUUAAACAUGACAAUAAGAACUCUCGAAAAUCUCAAACAAUGGAAAGCGAUCACAUAUUAAAUUCUAGUGCAAGUAACAGCAAUGAAAAACCAAUUAGAGGAAAAUUAAGUAGAUGCACAUCAGUUAGAGUUAAAAUGGUUAAUAAGAGUUGUGAUACUUGUAAUAUCGAGAAAGAAUACUGUGAACUACAGGCAUACAAAUGCAAUUUGGAAUAUUUACAGCAGAGAUACAAUCGUCAAUUAAAUGAAAUGGAUCUAUUGAAAAAAGAAAACAAUUCCUUAAAAUUGGAACUUCACAACAUUUAUAAUAGGUCUUCAUGGAACAAUACAAUUUACAACUCUGUUAAUAUACCAUCGAGCAAAAACGUUAUCCCAAAACCUUUUGACAAUUGCGUUGAAAUAAACAAAAACGAAGAAAGCGUUAAAAAUUUUGAUUCCGAAAUGAUUAUAACAAUGAAGACUUGUAAAAAUGAGAGUUAUAGACAUGUUUCCUUGUUAAAAGUCCUUCACAAAACAAAUGAUCCAGUUAUGACUAAUAGCGAUAUAAAUAGACGAAAUGAUGUAAAGGAAAACCCAAUAGAUAUACUAACUAAAGUUCAGAAUACAUUCGUCGAGUUAGUAAGAAGAGAAAUAAUAGUUAACAAAACCAGUAGUAAUACGGACUCACAGAUUCAUGCAAGUUUUUAUAGAGUAACAGAAAGUAAAUCUGCUCCAUCUUGCUCUACAAUAUUAUCCGAUUCAUUUAGUGCACAAUCUUAUUUUGUAUCUGCAAAAGACCAAAGUGACAAAGCUGACGCAUAAAAAUGAUACUACCAAAUAAUAAAUAUAUAUUUAUUAUAUUCAUCUUACUAUACUUACAGCGUUCAAUUGUUCCUCAUUGAAACCACAUAACAGAAAUAACAAAUUAGUACAAAGAACUUGGGUU